AUGGCAAAAAUGACUAUCCUCGCUGCCGCCGCUGUUUUGAUGUUGAUGGACUGUGUCAGCUGUCAGACGUUGCUACCGGAAGACGAGGAGAGUGAAACAGGUACACUGGACAAGGUGAGGGUACAAAAAUCACGAUAUCAUGUUGCAAUGCAAUUGGAAUUUUUAACCAAAUCAACUCCUAAGCCUUUUCAGAUCUAUGGCCAUAUUUUCUAA